CAGGAGGCGGCUGACAGGCUCGAGGCUGCCGUCCGCGACCUCCGCGCCGAGCUGGGCGUGGCUGCACCAGACCGCCGCGACGGGCCCCACGCGGCCACCGCGGCAGACGCUCACGCGUGGCGCCGGGAGACGUGUCGGAGCCCCCGCAAGAGUUGCUCAGAGCCGCCCCCGCGCCGCCCGCGGGCGACGACGCCGCGCUGCGCGGCGGCGGAGCGCACCCCCGCGAAGGCGAAGGGGGCGCACAGGGUCCUGCGAGCGGCCUGCUUGGGCGCACCGGUCGUGCCAGCGCACCAGCCGACCGAGGUCGCAAGAGCGGCCGCCUGACGACCAUUUCCAACCAAGGGACGCGCUGCGCGCCAGAGGUGGACGAGCCGUGGGUGGCACAGAGCCGGCCCCUGCCAUCGACGGCGUCAUGGGACGCAGAACUCGCUAUGACAGUGUCCCGCUCCUCGGAAAGCGAGGCGUCGGAGUCGCGGAAGUCGCGGAGGUGUAUCCAAGGCACCUUGAAUCCAGAGUGGACUGGAAGGUUGACGUGGGACCUUUGCGUCCUUCUCCUGGUCACGUGCGACAGUGUGGUUCUGCCCUUUCAGCUUGCCGCGUUCUGUGAGGAAUCAUCGUUCGACGUCUUCUGGCUUUGGUCCACGACAUUCUUCUUCCUGUGCGAUCUGGUGAUGAACUUCUUCACUGCCUAUCCCGCAGGGAAGAGGGACGAUCACCUGCAGGAGGGUGAGCUCGUCACGGAGAAGCUCCGCAUCAUGCUCAAUUACCUCCGCGGCUGGUUCUGGAUCGACUUCAUGAGCACCGUACCGUGGACUGUCAUCGCCGACGGCCUGCAGAGCGGUGCGGCUUCGGAAAAGUCCUCUGCAGACAGCGUUCUGAAGCUUGCGAAGGUGGUCAAACUAACGCGGCUUCUUCGGCUCAUGAGGAUGCUGCGUCUCUGGAAGCUGUCGGUCAUUUGGGAGCGCCUCGAGCGCCAGAUCGGGUCCAUCACCUUCUUGAACGUGGUCAGUAUGCUGAAGGUGCUUGGAACAUGGACGGCGAUCUGCCACUGGGGUGCUUGCAUUUGGUGGAUGUUCGGCAAGAGGGAUAGCCUAGUGACAGCCUUCACGAUGCAAGACGACGCCACCGCGAUCCACUGGACGGAGCUGGAACGGGUCCACAGCGCGUACGACGAGGUGGGGCAGUGGAGAUGGGUGGAUAGGCCCGUGGCGGAGCAGUACGUCUUCUGCUUCUACUGGAUAUUGGGUGUGAUGCGCACGAUGCCGGCCGAGGUUACCCCCGUCAACCUGACGGAGAGGAUGUUUGUUUUGCUCUUCAUGUUUUUCGCCGUCGGCGCCUUCGCCGUCAACAUUGCCAGGAUCACGCAGGCCUGGUUCAGGUUCAGCGCGCGCAAGGACGCGUUCAAGGAGGAGAUGGCCUGUGCCCGCAUGCACCUCCGGGAGAUCAAGUGCGGGCCGGCGCUGCAGCUCCGCGCCGAGUCCUACUUCCACCACCUCUUCCAGAAGAGGAGGAUCCACGCCAAGGAGCUGAGCCUGCUGAGCGCCCUGCCCGAGGGGCUGCGGCGCAAGCUGAGCCGGGCCCACAUGGUCCACUACCUGAGGCAGGUCCCGGAAUUUCAAGACUGGGCCGAGCCGAUGUUGGCGCGCGUCUGCGACGCCUCGGACGUCGUGGACUACCUGCCCGGGGACAAGCUCACGCAGAAGGACCAGGACGCCGAGGCCGCGUACGUGCUCACCAGGGGCUUCCUGCAGAUCUUCGGGGCGCGGCCCGCCGCAGGGGCGAGGCUGGGGUCGAAGGAGGCGCCCCGCCGCCUGACCGUGGUGGACGAGCACUGCCUCUUUACGAGCAAGGCGGUGACGUGCAGCGAGACCGUGGUGGCGCUGGAGUGCUCCGAGGUUCUGCGCGUGGACCGCCAGAGAUUCCUCGAGCUGAUGCAGGAGAGCUGGAACGUCGCUCGGCUGGCGUCCUCGACCCCCUCCCGCCCGAGGUCGCCAGCAGAGCCGCACGCUGUUCGGUGCGAUCGACGGUCUCAACUUUGAGCAGGCACGAGGAACCCCAGGGGACUUCUGCGACAGGAGGCUCUCGGUGGCCUCUGCCGGGGACGCCCCGCUGGCGCCCGGGGACUGCGUGGAGGAUCUCAGCACGGGAGGGGUGGCAGGACGGAUGGGAGGGAGGGGUAGGACGUCAGAUAUGACGCGAGCGCACAUAGCUUGCCUCCCCUUCCCUCCCCUCCUCUCCCCUCCUUCCUCCUGCUUCUAGCUUUGCCAGGGUCUCUGCCACGGCCCCACGCCGCUCUCCCAUCUCACCCACGGCGUUGGGGGCUUCGGCUGCCCUGCCCGCGCGCCCCGCGUGCGAAAAGAGAGAGAGAGAGAGAGAGA